AUGGCACGGAAAGGUACUCAACAAAGGAAUGGGGUGGAGCGCCAUUCAUCAAAUCACAAGAAAAAGGUUUCAGAUUCAGAUAAGAAUGGAUGGGGAAAAGGAAGUGAAACGAAGGUUUACCCUGGAGAUGAACUCCCGAAAGGCAAUCAGCCAAGUAGUCCGACAGAUAGAGCGAGGAAAACAGCCCAUGUUAAAGGUGAGGAUGAUAUUAAGAAAAAUUCUGGAAAUUUUCAGAGAAAAGAGAAUCAAGAGAUAGAUGAAGUGCUGGAUGUUGAGGAAUCUGCUGCUUCUAGGAUUAACUCAAUGGACUGCAGCAGUCCUUCGGUGGAAACUCCCAGUGUAACAGACGAAAAUGGAAAAUUACCUGGCAUUGAAAGUGGUCCAGAGCAUACAAAAAGUGGAUUCGGCCCCUUGCUGAAUGGUUUGCGUAUGAAAAAUAUGAUGCAAAAUUUGGAGCUUUCAAGCAAUAUGGUGAUUGGAAACUUGAGGGCAUCAGCUUUGUCCAUGUUGAAGGUUGCAGGGGAGUGGCUGGAGAGGCAGGGGCCACUUUUUGAUUCUCUAAAAACCAAUAUAUAUACUGCUCGUGAAUAUGUUAAAUUGAACAUUGCGAAAGCAUAUCCUGUUGUUUUAAAAUGGCUCUUGCAAUUUGGGAACAUUUUGCUUCUUCUGUCAAUGGUUUGGUUGGACUGUACUCUCAGAGGCAUGGAUUCCUUUCUACGGUUGGGGACAACAUCCUUUUUUUCAGUCAUAUGGUGUAGUAUUCUGUCAGUUAUUGCCAUGGUUGGAAUAUCCAAAUUUCUUAUUGUGCUGGCCAUAGCUGCAUUUGUGGGGGUUUUCAUAGGUCUAAUCCUUGGACUUUUGAUAGUUGCCCUUUCUGGAUUGGUUUUCCUGUGGUUCUAUGGAAGCUUCUGGACAACAGUAUUUGUUGUUAUCAUCAGCGGCUUGGCAUUCAUGUUCAACCAGGAACGUCUCACGCUCUUGAUCACCACCGUAUAUUCCACAUACUGUGUGUGGUCAUAUGUUGGAUGGCUUGGUUUACUUUUGGCUUUGAAUCUAUCAUUUAUCUCAAGUGAUAUUCUGAUAUACUUCCUAAAGAAUAACAUUAACCGACAGAGAAGAUCUGAUAGAACCUCUGAACAUUCUGCGGGAAUGGAAGGUCGUCCGGGCUUCUUCAAUGGGGACUCCUUUGAAACUGGACCGGGUUUAUCAGCAGAUCGUGGCCCGGGAAUACCUUCAACCAGUGGGACUGAUUCAGAGUUGACUUCUGAAGAAGAAGUUGUUCGGUUAUUGAGCUGUGCUGAUCACUACUCUGUGUUGGGUUUUUCCCGGCAUGAGAAUGUGGAUGUUUCUGUUCUGAAGAGAGAGUAUAGGAAGAAGGCUAUGCUGGUUCAUCCUGACAAGAACAUGGGCAAUGAGAAGGCUGCAGAGGCUUUUAAGAAACUUCAAAAUGCGUACGAGGUGUUACUUGAUUCCUUGAAGCGAAAAGCAUAUGAUGAUGAAUUAAGAAAGGAAGACUUGCUGAACUAUUUCCGUAGGUUUCAAAGCACUUCACAAAAGAAUGGAGAGCAUGGUUUCUUUGCCUCUGGGUUUGCACAUUCAGAGGCUGACGGGGAUGACCCUUUUGGAGAAUCAAGGCGAAUAGCUUGCAAAAGGUGUGGCUACUUUCAUCUCUGGGUGCAUACCAAGAAAUCAAAAUCUCAAGCAAGAUGGUGCCAGGAAUGCAAAGAAUUUCAUCAAGCAAAAGAUGGAGAUGGAUGGGUUGAGCAGUCUUCACAACCCUUCCUUUUUGGAUUACUGCAGAAGGUUGAUGCUCCCACUGCAUAUGUUUGUGCAGAUAGUAAGAUAUAUGAUGCUACUGACUGGUAUAUUUGCCAGGGAAUGAGAUGUCCAGCCAACAGUCACAAGCCAAGUUUUCAUGUAAACACCAGUUUAGCCUCCAAACACAAUACCGGCAAGGGAUCAAGUUCAGGACAAAGAAGUGGUCGGAUGCCAACACCUAAUAUGGAGGAAACCAUGACAGAAGAAGAAUUCUUUGAAUGGUUACAGAAUGCAGUGCAAUCAGGCGUGUUUGACAGCUACAGUGCUGGUACCUCGACUGAGAGCCCAUCAGCCAAGGCUGGAAAUGCUCCAAAGAGUGGCGGAGGUGGUAGUAGCAGUGGCAACAAAAGGAAGAAAAAGGGGAGGAAACAAUGGCUUCAACUCCAAGAGAGGUCUGUGAUAUUUACUAAUUUGAAUGAAGGCCUGAGGAAAUGGGUUGAAGAGAGUUUUCUAUGUUUGGAAUCGGAUGUGGGGAAUCUACCUCAAACGAAUAGAUUGCCCGCAAAUAUGGCAGUGACACUCAACACAGUUUUUAAGUCGCCUCUUUCAGAUGACAUUCAGUUGGCUGCUUCUCUUACUGAUGUUAAAAGGCUCUUUAAGCUUGCUUCAAAACCCUCUGCAAUUGUGAGAAAAAUUUCUACAACGUUUUGUUCCAGAAAACAGGCUUUCGUGGGUGCUGUUAACCAACUUUAA